AUGGAUGGUUGGAUGGAAGGUGUUUGGAAGUGGGAUAAUUUCGGUAUUUCCGAUAUGCUUGUUAGUAAUGAUGCGUCGGCGGAGGAGUUGGUAUGUUUGAAAAGUAGGGUGGAAGAGUUUAGAGGGUGGGGCGUCGGCAAAGACUCGGUGGUGUGGAGUGGGUGUCCAGAAAAGGAGUUUUCGGUAGCUUCGUGUUAUUAUUUUUUGGAUUCCAUUAGGAUUCCUUUUGGCCCCACUAAUGUUCAUGAUGGUGUGUUUAGCUUGAUUUGGAAGUUGGAGGUUCCGUUUAAAAUUAAAGCUUUUGGUUGGAGGUUGUUCCGUAAUAGACUUCCUACUAGGGAGAUGUUGGUAAGUAGAGGUGUGGUUCUCCCUUUAGUGAAUUCUUUUUGUAUAUUUUGUGGUAAUGACACGGAAACCAUGCACCAUCUAUUUUUUAGAUGCGGGGUGGUAAAGAAGAUAUGGAGUGAAAUAGAGUUUUGGGUAGGAAAAAGCAAUGGUGUUUUUGAAGAGUGCUUUUCGCAUUUUAUGGAGUGGCACUCCUUUUUUGAUGUGAAUAUGGUGAAAGUUAGGAAAUUGGGGAUUAUUUGGUUAGCUACUAUUUGGGCGAUAUGGUUGGUUAGAAAUGGCGUGUGUUUCCGGGACGACCCGUGGAAUGUCAACAAUACCGUUUGGAAUAUUAAAUUGAUGGCUUGGAAGUGGUCUUUUUGUGGGAAUAUUACUCAGUCCAAUUACUCUUUUUACGAGUUUUGUAAGGAGCCAAUUUAUUUCCUCUCGUAA